CCCACCUGAAUUCAAUUUAGUGUCGCCGCAAGAUGCAGCUUCUACACAUUGCAAAGCUCAUCUGGGCCCUGCUUCUCGCGAAGCUCAUCGGCGCUCAAGACUCGAGCGACAAGAAGUGCCAUGUCCUGCCGGGAGAUGCUGCUUGGCCAAACGCAGAUGCUUGGUCGACACUGAACAAUACUGUCAACGGCAAGCUGGUCAAGACUGUCCCUAUCGGCUCCCCAUGCCACGAUCCCAAUUACGAUGAGACCGCCUGCAGCGCAUUGAAGGCACAAUGGAACAACCCUCUUACACACACCUCGUCUGGCCACUCCAUCAUGCAAGCCUACUUUGCCACCCAGGAGUGCGAUCCCUUUGGCGACCGUGCUAAGCCUUGCACGCUCGGCAACUACGUCGCAUACUCCGUGAAGGCUACCGAGGCUUGGGAUAUCGUCGCUGCUCUCGAAUUUGCUAAGGCUGAGAACAUCCGUGUUCUUGCCCGCAACACUGGUCACGAUUUCUUGGGGAGGUCCACUGGCGCUGGAGCUCUUGCUGUCUGGACCCAAGGCCUCAAGAAUAUCACCUUCGGUCAAUGGUCUGACAAGUACUAUACUGGUUCCUCGGUCACCGUUGGUGCUGGUGUCCUUGGCUAUGAGCUUGUCGAGGCUGCGGGCAAGCAGGGCAUGACUGUCAUAUCUGGAGAGUGUGCUACUGUUGGUCUUGCUGGUUUCACUCAAGGUGGUGGUCACUCCAUCCUCAGCAGUGAGUUCGGUCUUGCUGCUGACCAAGUCCUCUCCUACGAAGUCGUCACAGCUGGUGGUGACGUUCUGAUUGCCUCGCCCACUGAGAACUCUGACCUGUACUGGGCAUUGUCUGGUGGCGGUGGCGGAACAUACGGCAUCAUCACCUCCAUCACCCUCAAAGCUCACGAGUCGAAGACCGUUGGUGGUGCUGCUAUGCAGCUCCUCGCCUCCUCCACUACUACCGAGAACUACGCUGCUCUUACUGCCAAGUUCGUCGAGCUUCUCCCUGCGAUGAUCGAUGCCGGCGCCAUGGUCAUCUUCCUGAUCAGUACCCAGUAUAUCGUCAUUAAGCCCCUCACUCUCUGGGACUCCACUGAGGCCAAAGCCAGGGAAGUCCUCAAGCCUUUCUCCGACUACCUCGUCUCCCUCGGCAUCACACCCCCUAUCGCCUACACCGAGCUCGCAUACCGCGACCACUACGAGCGCUACCUCGGUCCUCUCCCCCAGGGUAGCUUCGAGGUCAGCCGCUACCAGUUCGGCGGCCGUCUUAUCCCCCGGGACGUCGUCGAGAAUAACGCUGCCGAGCUGAACGAGGUCCUCGCCGAGCUCACAAAGGAGGGCGUCCUCCUCGCCGGCUCUUCCGCCGACUACUCUAAGCGCGCCAACACCCCCGAAAACUCGGUACUGCCCGCGUGGCGCGGCGCCAUUACCCAGCUCCAGCUGAUCACCAACUGGAACAGCACCGCACCCUGGACCGACAUGGAGGCUGCCCAGAAGAAGAUGACCGAGGUCCUGAUGCCCAAGAUCGAGGCCGUCACGCCGGGCAGUGGCUCGUACAUGAGCGAGGCCGACUUCCAGCAGCCCAACUGGCAGACCACUUUCUACGGCAGCAAUUACGCCAAGCUGAAGACAAUCAAGGACAAGUAUGAUCCUGAGCAUGUCUUCUACAACCUCAAGAGUGUCGGUAGCGACGCGUGGACAGUGGCCAAGGACGGCAGGAUGUGCCGUGCUUAGAUGACGCUGAAAGGCAGAGCAAAAUAGCUCUCAGGUAGACUUGCAUUGCAUAGUGGCGUGCGGCCUUGGGUUAAGAUCAUGUUUCAGUUCUUGUAAAUAUCUUACCGCAUAGUGUGGUGUAAUCUGACGAAUUUGAACGCAAA